CGUCGGCCUGCACCUACUUCACCAGCAGCGAGCUUCAUCAGCAGAAACAAUCUCAGGCAAUCAUACAGCACCAGCCAGCUAGCAGAACUUGUUGAGAGGACCCACCACCAGCCGGUGCAGCAUGGAGUACGGCCAGCAGGGGCAGCACGGCCACGGCACCGCCGGCCGCGUCGACCAGUACGGCAAUCCGGUCGGCGGCGUCGGGCACGGCACCACUGGAACCGGCACCGGCGGCAUGGGGACUGGGUACGGUACUACCGGAACUGGCGGCAUGGGGCAGCUAGGCGAACACGGCGGCGCCGGCAUGGGCGGCGGGCAGUUCCAGCCGGUGAGGGAGGAGCACAAUACCGGCGGCAUCCUGCACCGCUCCGGCAGCUCCAGCUCCAGCUCGUCCGAGGAUGACGGCAUGGGUGGGAGGAGGAAGAAGGGCAUCAAGGAGAAGAUCAAGGAGAAGUUGCCCGGAGGCCGCAAGGACGACCAGCACGCCACGGCUACCGGCGGCACCUAUGGGCAGCAGGGACACACCGGCAUGACCGGCACGGGAACUGGUGGCGCCUACGGCACCGAGGGCACCGGCGAGAAGAAGGGUAUCAUGGACAAGAUCAAGGAGAAGCUGCCCGGACAGCACUAAGUGCGGUCGCGUAUAUACUGGUGACAAACCGUGCUACCUGUCACGGCGUUCCGAGAUAAUAAAAAGAUGAACCCAGGAAUAAAGUGUCAGUUGAUCGCUUCCGCUCCCACAGAAGCGGACGGGUCGCACCUGCGUCUAGACACUAUUAUGAUCCGAGAGGUUCACCACCAACUGUGUGUAGUGUGAGUUUGUAUGUAACAUCCACAUGCAUGGUGUGUGUACUCUACUGUGUCCGCUGUGCUUUGUUUUCUUCUGAAUACAUAAUAUGUGUGUUGUGUACUUUAA